GCCACAUGACGGGCGGACCAGGAAGCACCAGCGGCUCCCUCCUUCCCACCGCAGCAUCCUCCCCACGGCCUCCAGUCCCCACGGCCACGGCGGGGGCUGGUGGCCGGGGACACCCCGGGGUUAUCUCCCGGCUACCAAGGGGGUGCGAUGCGAAGGGUGUCUGCGGGGCCACGGCUUUUGUCUCCCGGCUCGGCUCCUGCCCAGAGGGUCUCCGGGAGGAUGUGAAGCACCCCCCAGCUCCCCAACCUGGGUGAGUCCCCAGCGAGGUAAAACCCCCGCAGGAUUUGAUUUUUUCUCGCGAGUAUCCUCUGUGAAAAAAGCAGGGCUUGUCAGCUCUUCCCCAGUGUCUCUCUGGUUGCACGUCAGGGCAAGGAGGUUGGAUCUGGCUGGGGACAGGCAGAAGCCGUGCCAGCUGCAGAGCUGGCUGGAAUGGCAGGGGAAAGCUGGGCUUAGAGGCCUCCGAGCACCGGGAGCGGGCUCCUGUGCAAGGCACCAGCACCAUGUUCAGCCGGUCGGGAUACCAGGCCCUUCCCUUGGGAGACUUUGACCGCUUCCAGCAGUCCAGCAUCGGGCUCUAUGGUGCCCAGAAGGGCUUCUUCUCCUUCGGAUCCAAGCAAGAUCCUCUGGGCCCAGCUGGGAAUACCACAGACUCCUCCCAGGGCUGGUUGUCCUGGAUCUGCCAUGGGAUUAUCACCUCCUUGGUCUUCUUGCUGAUGGUUGUCACCUUCCCCAUCUCAGGAUGGUUUGCCUUGAAGAUUGUGCCCACCUACGAGCGAAUGAUCAUCUUCCGCCUGGGCCGCAUCCGGGCACCGCAAGGACCCGGCAUGGUCCUGCUGCUGCCCUUCAUUGAUCACUGGCAGCGUGUGGAUCUGAGGACAAGGGCCUUCAAUGUGCCCCCCUGCAAGCUGACCUCCAAGGACGGGGCGGUCAUCUCCAUGGGUGCCGAUGUCCAAUUCCGGGUGUGGGACCCCGUGUUGUCCGUCAUGAUGGUAAAGGAUCUCAUCGCGGCCACCCGGAUGACAGCACAGAAUGCCAUGACCAAGACCUUGGUGAAGAAGAGCCUCCGUGAGAUCCAGGUGGAGAAGCUGAGGAUUGGGGAGCAGAUGCUGCUGGAGAUUAAUGACAUGACGAAGUCCUGGGGCCUGGAGGUGGACAGGGUGGAGCUGAGCAUGGAGGCUGUGCUGCAGCCACCCCGGGAGAACCUGGUGGGCCCUCUGGCCACGGCGCCACCCAUCGCUGGGCUGGAGGGACUGGGUGGCACCAUUCAGCAGCUGUCUGCCCACUUCUUCAGCAACACCCUGGCUCUGGCGGGCAGCAAGACCGGCACUCCGGAGACAGACAGUGUGGAGACAGUGAAUGAGCUGGAGCCUCCCACCGCUCCCCUCCUCCCCACCGCCGGCAGCACCUGGAGAAAGCCCAGUGCAGAUGAACUGCUCUCGGCAGUGGAGCCUGUCCUCUCCGAGGCCCUAGUCGGCCAGGUGGGAGCAUCCUACCAGGUCAACAUCACCCUGCCCAGUGGCGCCCGGAGCACCUACUUCAUAGACCUCUCCUCAGGCAGCGGGCGAGCUGGCCGAGGUGUGCCCGAGGGCAACCCUGAUGUCAUUCUGGAGGUGGCGGAGAAAGACUUACAGGACCUCUUCUUGGGUGACCUGCGCCCCUUGAGUGCCUACAUGAGCGGGAAGCUGCAGGUGAAAGGCGACCUGCACCUUGCCCUGAAGCUGGAGGAUCUCGUCAAGGCGAUGAAACAACAUAGAUAGAGCAUGCAUGUGGGUGCGUGUCUGUGUGCAUGUGUCUUUGUAGGUGUGCGAAAGGGGGGGACAUAUAGGGGUGCUGCAUAGUGGGGGGCCUUGCCCUCCUGGAGCUCCUGCUGCCUUCCCCAUGGAGGUUGUAGGAGUUGGGUGAAGACCUGAGCAGGGAAACUGAGGCUGAGCUCCAUUGCCUGUCCUUGUCUUUAUCCACCCUUCCCAUCCUUUCCCUACAAUGUUACGGGAUGGGAACCUGUUGGCACACCAGCAGGUGCCAGUUUGCUUCUGGAUCCCUUGGCCAAUAUGCCACCAGGGCACAGACCCAUGUCCUGCUGCCCCCACAACGGGCUGCACGGCCGGGCAUCUCAGACUGGAAGGGACAUGAGCUGAGUAGAUAGGACUGGGAAGAUCUUGGGGACACUGUGGCCAACGACAGUAGUUGUGGGGUGGGCAGCCAAAGCGGGGCACGAGGGCUGGCUGGACCAGGCUGGGAUGCCACCGGUGGGGUGGGGUUGGAGUCUAGUGUGGCACUGCUGAGGGGAUGCUGGCACGGAUGGGGAAGGGGCAGAAGUGGCGAUAUGGGGAACAACCUUCCUGGAGCUACCUGGAGCCUUCCCCCCAGAGUGGUUUGUAAUAAGUCAUUGCGCUAAUUUGUGCUUCAAAGUGCUUUUGCAUGCAUGCUGUGAGGUCUGUCUGGGG